CAGCAAUGACGACCACCACGCGUCGCACCGCGCUGCCACGCGCGACAGCUUCCUCGACGGAUCAUCUAGCCACCAGGAUGGCUGCAUUAUCACUCACAAAGGCUCAGGCUAGGCCAAAAGGGAAGGAGAAGGAACCACCUGUUGGUACGCGUGCCAAGGUGGGGGGUACUGACGCGACGGCGAUGGCAAAGAAACCCACCACCACCGCGAGAAGGACUACUCCGGCAGCUAAGAAGGAGAAGGAGAAUGAGGCAGCCUGUAGUAAAGAGGCUGUGGUGGUCAAGAAGGAGGGGAAGGGCAAAGGGAAGGAGAAAGCGACGGAAACGCCCGAAGAUAGACGUCUGGGCGCGAUGCGCGCUGUGAAUCAAGCCUCACAGAGUCUCUCUGUCCUGGUGCAGUCUGGAUGGAAAUACACCUCCGAUGCGGGGGGUGCCGCGCAGAAGAAGUCUGCGGCAGCAAGUGCAGCGGAUGUGGCACGACAUCUUGCAACCCUGCGCGAACUUUCUGACGCUGAUGCGAUGUUGGACGUCGAGCGCGCAGCGGGAAGCCUCUCAGGGAAACUUGUUGCUUUGGAGAUGUACGACGCCGCCCUUCUCGCAUUGCGCGCGAUGCAUCCAAGACUGUGUCGGCUACUUGGCUUAGCUCCAUUGUCAACUAAUUCCACGCAGCUCGAUCUACUCAGUAUAUCAUUACCCGACGAAGCCACUACUCCUACGCCAACUCUGCUCACCCUCACAACUACAUUCCUACUUCACACACUGACUGUCCUCUCGUCCCAGACACCUUCAAAGAUUCCCUUGAGCUCGUUCGUGGGCUGUCUCACGUUGUCGUCUUCGACCACGCUGCUCACGUGGGCGCGCCUGAUCCCACCACAACACAUCGACGCGACACUAACACGCGCGUAUAGCUGCGUCGUGCGGCUGGCGGCCACGCCAGGGUCACACCGAGUCAGGCGUUUGCACUACGGAGGUAUGGGCUGGGGUGUCUGGCGCACACGGAGUCGGGGAAGGUCGAGCCCCGGGCGUUCUGGGACCAAGCAACCAAGGCGGCUGGGGCGCUCAUCAAAGCUACGGCGGCGACCGAGGUGGAUGCAGUGACGACUACGGUGCUCGAAGCGUUCGAUGAUUUGGUGGGCCGAGCACAGCGGAGGCCAGACGCGGAGGCUUUCAUGAGUGGGAAGGCGUUUGCUGCAUUUUGUGAGUGCUGGACGAACUGUGCGAAUCGAACCAGGAAUAUAUCCGCCCUGGGCCAAGUCGCAAAUGUUGUGGGGAAGCCAUCUGCGGACACGGUGGACCUUUCGGUGCAGUGCACAAAGAGUUGCACUUUGUUUGCACAGAUCGCUGCUGCAAAGGAGACAGACCUAAUGGAUGCUGUAGAUUGGGCUGGCGUCACGCUUGUGUUGUCAAACCCUGAUCUCCACGGUAAAAUGUAUCGGGCGAUGGAGAAAGCGAGGCGGAGCGUGAUCACUUCAGUUGAUGAGGGAAACGAUGGCGCUGCAUUUGUUGAGAAAGUGAUGGACGUGCUCGAGUGUUCAGUGCAGCAGAAUGGGACCAACGAUACACUGACCUCGCUACUCGACACGAUCUUCUCCGUGUCGCGGUGGGCUCUCGCUGGCUCGCCUCCAAAGGCCCACGCGACUCUGACGCGUGCUGUGGCAGCGCUGGACUUGGCAACGGAACGGAAAGCGAACUAUGCACGAUGUGUUUCUGGCGCAUUUCACAACCUAGCAGGGACGCUGUACAACGCGACCAAGUAUGGGGCGGCAAUCCCGUUCUUGGAGGACGGCUGCAAGCUGGGUGGCAACGCACGGGAGCUGCGCCGUCAGGAACAAAUCAAAGACGACAAGAAUGCCGACGGGUGGAAACAGCUAGACGAGCAGCUUUGGAGGCGCUGGGAAUUGUUAGGGGUCUGCUUCUCUAAAUUGGGGAACCGCCGGUCAGCGCACGCGAGCUUUGUUGAAUGCAUCAAAGCAUUCCCAUACGACCUGUAUCCGGUAUGCCCAAAGUGGUUCGAGUGCUCACCUGCAACGGUGCAGCUGGGCACCAUCGUUGACCGGACGACGUACCUGGGCGCGUGCGAAUUGUUCCUGGAUCCUGGCCAGGUGGUCCUGGUGACAGAUCAGCCCCUGCUGCUUGAGCGACAACUGGCGUCGCUGGCGGCUAGCCGAUGGAAAGAAGGCGUGCAGCGCGUCAUGCAGACUCUGCUGCGUGCGCUGCUGGAUGUCAGCAAGGACCGUGCUGGUGUCCUGGUCGCGUGUCUGGAGUUUGGGUAUUACACAGGGCUCAGCGUCGUUGAUGGCGCCGCGGACGAGGUCGAACUCUUGUGCGCCGAUGAUCCCACCCGCUUGCACACUCGCGCCUCGGCUCAUCUUUGGGCUGCCCUCGAUGCCCAUAAGCAAGCGGAAUCAAUGCCGGCUCAUGUUGAGCUCGCGUGUCGGGUUCUGGAGGGUGCGAACGCUCCGAAGAAAACCGUCGCCUCAAAACCUCUGCGUCGGACAGCAAAAGCGCAGACGCCGAAAGCGCAGUCAUCCAAGGCACAGUCAUCCAAAGUGCAGACACCGAAAGUGGAAACACCUGCACAGUUGCUCGAGUUACUGCAUCUUGUUGCCCGGGUGCUGAGUCUUCAACGACAUGUGUUGCUCAAGGUAAGGGUGUUGGACAUCACGCGACGGCUGGCACAGGACUCGGACGCGACUCGGGAGGGACACGUGAUCGCGUGCAUGGAGCUGGGGAUCGAGUACGGGCGACUCGGCAAAACGCGACGGGCGACGGGGCUGUUUACGCAAGCAUACGGGUCGCUUGGAGGGGUGCCUGAGGAGCUGUGUGUGUUGGUGUGUUUGCGUUAUGCGGAGGCCCUGGUUUUAGCGAACGAUGUUGCUAGGAGCGUGCAAAUCUAUACAGAGGCGAUGGAGCGCGCACAAAUGUCUGAAAGCACGGAAAAGCCAGCAGCCACGACAGUUGAGCGGGUCUAUGUGCGAGUUGGACGGCUAGAACGAGCGGCGGUGGCGGCGAGCGUGUUUGGCCUGAUUCAGCGCGCGCGAGAAGACAUCUUGAUGUAUGCUGAGGCGAUGCUACGUGCGUUGAGGUUGUGGAAUCGCGCAGUUGAUACCCUGGCACGGCUCUCCCCGACAUCAACUCCCGACGAUGAUCCUUUCUCCGCUUCGACUCCGAGCACCGCGACCAAACCGCGGAGGAUUACAGGCAUUACCGAGUUUCGUGUCUCUGAGGGUCUUCUGGCGACAUUGUUCUCGCUGUGUGAGAUGUACAGCGCCAGGGGCUCGGCGCGGGAGGCCGAGUACUUUGCCAGUCAGGCGCAUGAGUUGGCGGAAGGUCUGGCUGCGAUCACGCUGUCCUCGCGUGCAGUGACUCGCAGGGGCGAAAUACAGAUGCAUAUGCGCCAGAUCACUGAAGCUGAAGCCAGUCUUGCGCUCGCUACCCCGGAUGGCAUCGGCCGAGAUGCAGCGGAACUCAAAGGUCUGGCGGGCGAUCUCAGUCGCCUACAGGACAGGGAUAGUGAUGCUGGUGCUCUCUAUGAGCAGGCCUAUCAGAUCCUGGACGAGGUCGACGGCCAGUUCCGCGCUUUGGAAGUGGACAGGUCACGGCAAUCUGCGGAAUUCGGUCAAAGCGUGGAUGGCGAUCUUGUAGCGGAUGUUCUGCGGAAACACAUCUGGCUGCUACGCGACAACUCAACUGCAUAUUCAGCUCUUCUCCAGCGCUUCCUCGCUCUGCCUGCUUCUUUGCGUAACAAUGCCCAGGAAAACGUACUCUUAGGCCGGCUGACAUUGCAUCAAGUGUACGACCGUUUCAGGACUGAUAUGUUCCUCUCCGAGUCGACUAUUGCACUUCCCAUGAGUGUUCCUCCGCCGUCCCACGACAUCCUGCGCACUCUGGAAUCGGCUGAACAGCUCUUCUGGCUUGAUCUCACCCUUUUCGCACGCACCGGUGAUGUGACACGAGUGCGUGACGGGAGUGUGAGUCUGGCUGCUGUGCGCGCGCUGCAGACGUCGCUCGGGCAUGGGAAUGCUGUUGAUGGGGCAGAUGCGGUGCUGGUGGCUGGGCUGCUGGAUGGAGCGAGUGCGAUUGCUCUCGGUCGCGAGAUGGUCGAGGCGAUCGAGCACAAGGUAGUCGCUGCCAGAAGAGAUGAUCUGGAGUGGGUUGCAGCUCACGAGGGAGCAGUCACAGUUGCUGCUGUGGAGGACGACGACGAUGAAGAUGCAUCCACGCAACUGCUGUCCGAGUACUGGACAUCCAUCAAGCUCAAAUACGCGAGUCAGGCACCAGACAUUUCGACGCUGUCUGCGUCGCGGAUGGCUGGUGUGCCGGCGAACUGGACAGUUGUGCACAUGACGGUGACCGACGACCGCCGGACGUUGUUUGUGUCGCGGCAGUAUGGCUCUGGGACACAGCCGCCGUUGGUGUUUUGCAUUCCACUGCAAGGUCGAGACGGUGCCGAUCAGCAUCUCACAUAUGACGAUGCCGUGCGGGAGUUCGCGGAGAUCGUCAAGCUGAGCGAUCAAGGCACCAGAGGGGCCGUGCAUGUCGACAAAGACGAUCCCGAAGCCAGGGCAAAGUGGUGGAGAGAACGCAGUCGGCUUGAUGGCCGGAUGAAAGAGCUUGUGGAGAACAUCGAAUUCUGUUGGCUGGGUGCGUUCAAAACGAUCUUAUCCCCACGCUCAAAUCUGCUUCCGCCUGCCAUUGCUGAGCUGCGGGUCCAAUUUGACCGUGUGUUCCAGCGUGCGCUGCGGUUGCAGGACAGCAAAGUGGGACCGCAAAAGCUGGACGACGAUCUGCUCGCGUGUUUUGCAACGCUGUCGCCCAAGUGCCGGGACGAAGAGCUCGAGGAUCUUGUCUACUUUGUGCUGGAUCUGUACCAGUUGCAUGGCAUGCCAGUUGCUGUUGCAGAAGUCGACAUUGAUCAGGUCGUUGUUGAUCUUCGGAGUGUGCUAGAGGAGCACCAUCGCAGGCAGCGGGGCGCUGCCGCUGUUCCUCCCACCAACGACGAGCACGUGUUUCUCGUGCUCGACAAGAAUUUGCAGGGCUUACCGUGGGAAAGCACACCAAUUCUGCGAGGGCGGAGUGUCAGCCGGAUCCCCAAUCUCGAUUUUCUGCUAGAUAGAAUCAAGCUGGCGAGCUGGCAAAAACACGGCGCCGGCUCAGCCGCUGUUGUCGACCGAGCAGUCGUCAACCCGCGCAAGGGCGUCUGUGUCCUCAAUCCUUCCGGCGACCUGCACAAGACCGAGGCGCGUUUCUCCGCCUGGACCGAGUCGCAAAGGACACGUAAUGGCUGGGAGACCAUCGUCGGCCGUCCGCCGUCCGAGAUGGAGUUUUUGAGGGCACUGAGUACGAGCGACCUCGUUGUUUACUUUGGACACGGAGGCGGCGAGCAAUACGCCAGGGCACAUCGCAUCCGGAACUUGACGCGUUGCGCAGCGGUGAUGCUCUGGGGCUGCUCCAGCGGUCUUUUGCGCGAUCUCGGCGAUUAUGAGCGCAUCGGCACGCCCUGGAAUUAUAUGGUCGCUGGCUGCCCUUCCCUGGUGGCCAACCUUUGGGACGUGACUGACCGUGACAUCGACUUGUUCUCGCAGGCGGUGUUCGACAAACUCGCGCUCGGAGGACCGCAGCGUAGCGAUCCUGUGUCGGUUGUCGCUGCCGUAGCCCAAUCCCGGGACGUCUGCAAGCUCAAAUAUCUGACCGGUGCUGCCCCCGUUGUUUAUGGCAUCCCGUUUUAUCUGUAAUGCAAUAUGAUAUUCAAUAACUAACGAAUAUAUGGGGAGAAAGGUCGUGAGUUUCAUUAGUAGCGUCUAUGUGCGUGUCCGAGGUGACUGUUUGCUGCCAGACAGAUCCUGAAUGUCGAAAAAUAUGGCGAUCCCGAACGAAAACCAGAGCAAACACGCUGCCGCCGUUGACACAUUGUAGGCGUUGCACCAGCCCUGGAAUCCACCGCUCGGGCACCGCUUGCCAAUCAUCACAAACACAAACACGGCGCCCCACACUAGAAAUCCUACAGAAUCAACCGCUGUGAUCGUCUUGGCCCAUGAACGGGCAUGCUUCCACGCCUCUUCCAUCGCCAGCCCCGCAAACACACUCCGUCGUCGGGCCUUCCUCCGCUUUCGCCGAGCCGCGCCUGGAUCGUAUCCACCCGGAACGGACCCCAACUCAUCAUCAUACUCGUCGUCCGAGUCAUCGUCGAGAUCAUCAGGCCGGCCGAAGGCAUUCGGGUCGACGAUCAAGUUCACCUGAACGUCGCCGGCAGCGGGCGGACCGUGUUUCCCGUGUUUGCCCUUUUUCGGCUUCCUGCCUUUCUUGCCGUUCUGGGUGGUCACAGGAAGCACCAUCAUCCCGUUUGCAGCAGGUCCCGCCGGUUUGCGCCGCUUGCCGGCACAGCAGCAUGGACGAAACGCAAACAGCCACAAAAGCAGCAGCACGAAGAUCGCAGAGAAUGCGUACAAAACAUAAGCCGAUGCGGUCCCCGCUGGGGGAGCGGCCGGAGUCGGUUUGAUUAG